AUUGAUGGCAUAUUAAAAAAAAAAUUAUUAAUCCGAGUUAACUCAUCAACUGAACCCAAGACCUUCUGUCCCUGUCUCUCUCGACUCUCUGAUUAGCUGCCGGAGAUACAAGAUGAGCGCCACAGCUUUCACUUCCAUUUGCUUUAACAGAGUUCACUCUACUAACAAGGACUUGAUAAAGCAACAAAAUGUGAAGUCGCGUAUUAAGUGUUCGAUCAAAGGUGGUAUAGAAACUUCACAAAAGAAUGUGCGUGUUGGUGUUCUUGGAGCAAGUGGCUACACUGGUUCUGAGAUUCUUCGGCUUUUGGCAAAUCAUCCACACUUUGGGGUUGCACUGAUGACUGCUGAUAGGAAAGCUGGACAGACAAUCUCAUCUGUAUUCCCUCAUCUGGGCACUCAAAACUUGCCAGAUUUGAUUGCAAUAAAGGAUGCAGAUUUUUCUGAUGUAGAUGCUGUAUUCUGUUGUUUACCUCAUGGAACUACGCAGGAAAUAAUUAAAGGCCUUCCGAAGCACUUGAAGAUUGUUGAUCUUUCUGCAGAUUUUCGUCUAAGAGAUGUUUCUGAGUAUGAAGAGUGGUAUGGUCAGCCACACAGGGCACCAGAUUUGCAGAAAGAAGCUAUAUAUGGAUUAACAGAGGUUUUAAGGGAGGAAAUAAAGAAUGCACGCCUAGUUGCUAAUCCUGGUUGUUAUCCAACUUCCAUUCAACUUCCUCUUGUUCCACUGAUAAAGGCUAAUCUUAUUCAGACUAGUAAUAUUAUUGUUGAUGCUAAAUCUGGUGUUAGUGGAGCAGGGCGAAGCGCGAAAGAAAAUUUACUGUUUACUGAAGUAACUGAGGGUAUGAACUCUUAUGGUGUUACUCGGCAUCGCCAUGCUCCAGAAAUCGAACAGGGUCUUGCAGAUGCUGCAGGUUCAAAAGUAACCAUUAGUUUUACCCCGCACCUGAUUCCAAUGAGCCGUGGUAUGCAAUCAACUAUUUAUGUGGAAAUGACUCCAGGAGUAAAAACGGAGGACUUGUACCAUCAACUGAAACUAUCAUAUCAGGAUGAAGAAUUUGUUGUACUGUUGGAAAACGGUGUCAUUCCUCGAACUCAUAGUGUUAAAGGAUCAAAUUACUGUUUAAUCAAUGUUUUCCCCGACCGAAUUCCUGGAAGAGCAAUCAUUAUAUCUGUGAUUGAUAAUGUAGUGAAGGGAGCUUCAGGUCAAGCUUUACAAAAUCUUAACUUGAUAAUGGGAUUUCCAGAAAAUUUGGGGCUCCGUUACCUGCCUCUGUUUCCUUAAUAGUUAAGAGUAAUCAUCUUAUCCAACACGAGUGAGCCUGAGAUGUUUCGAUUUACCCAAUUUUUCUCUGGCAUUCAUUCUUCUGUGUAAACUUAUAAAUGGUUCUUUUCAUCUGUCGUUCAUUUGGCAUGUAUGGCGAACGGUGGUGCAGAAUCAAAGCCGCUGCCAUGUAUCCAGGGUGAUCAUGCGCACCAGUUUGGUUAUUUUUCAAAUUAGUUUAUUAGGAGGCACUUGAACCAUGAUGCUCAUAACCCUGUUGGAGUUGCUAAGAGGUUAGGUUCUAAAAUCUGGUUGGGGAAUGCCCCUCAUUUUGCUGCUCCAUCUUAUUGUAAUGUUCGUGUUUUAGUUCAAUAGCAUGUCUGUUUGCUCAAUAAACCUGCAAGGCUUGCCCUUGCUAAUGUUGUGUUCAUGCCCGUAUCAUCCUGGGGAAUGAAAAUUCAAUAAAUUCAACUUUCAUAA